UGAUCCACCUGAUAAAAUCCUAACAGCUAGUCUGCUACCAGACUGUUCUUCACUCUUCAGUAAACUAAUCAUCGUGUUCGUUAGUUUAAUCAAUCACCAUUAACACAUAAUUAACCUCCUAAACCUCCCCAAUAAAAUCCCAACAUCCAUAACAAGCUCCGUUUCCCACAAAAAUCACGUGUAACUACUCCACCCAUGCCGAUCCCUUCCCUUUCCCUCCUCCGCCAUCGCACGCCCACCUUCCUCCGCCACAUAACCACCUUCAGCCGCCACCAAAACCACCACUCUCUCCUUAUCACCUCAUCCAAACACCAAAACCAGCCCAAUCUCUCCGGAAAACCUCCACCGAACAACAACCUCCUCAAAGCCAUGCAAAUCCUAAAUCACAAAAAAGACUUCUCGACUCUCUCUCCGAUCCUCUCCCCUAACCACACCCCUGCCGAGCUCUCCGAUUCUCAAGCCAUCGGCACCGUCGCCGCCUCCCAAGCGAACUUUAUGCGCGUGAUUGUCACCGCCGGACCUUCUAGAAGUAGAGAGAUAGAAGAUUCUAGUAAAAAUGGAAGUGAAUUGCUAUGCGUGGUUCGUGCUGUGUUGAAGAAGAUAAAACGGAGAGUUUUGGUGGGUGAUAAGGUGGUGGUUGGGUCAAUUGACUGGGCAGAUAGGAGAGGAAUGAUUGAGAAAGUUUUUCAACGGAGUUCGGAGAUUUUAGACCCUCCUGUAGCGAAUGUAGAUCAUUUGUUGGUUCUUUUUUCGCUUGAGCAGCCGCGGUUGGAUUCAUUUGUGUUGACGAGGUUUUUGAUUGAGGCUGAAUCUACUGGGAUUCCGAUAACGCUCGCAUUAAAUAAAGUGGAACUUGUUGAUCAAGAGGUGUUGAGUGAUUGGAACUCUAGGUUGAGAAGUUGGGGUUAUGAGCCACUCUUUUGCAGUGUUGAUUCGAAAAUGGGGCUUGAUACUUUGGCUUCUGUUUUGAGAGAUCAAACGACAGUGAUUUUGGGUCCAAGUGGAGUUGGGAAAUCUAGCUUGAUUAAUGCUUUGAGGAAUAAACCCAAUUCCCAUGAUGAAGCAGAUAAUUGGUUUGAACCUAUAAUGGGUAGCAAGUGGUUUGAAGACCAGCGUGUUGGGGAAGUUUCGACGAGAAAUGGUAGAGGGAAGCACACUACACGUAAUGUUUCUUUGCUUCCACUUGGUGGAGGAGGUUAUCUCGCUGAUACUCCUGGGUUUAGCCAGCCUAGUUUGUUGAAAGUAACAAAGCAAUCUCUUGCACAGUAUUUUCCUGAGAUAAGGACAGUGCUUAGUGUCAAUGAACCGGCUAAAUGCACAUUCAAAGAUUGCUUGCAUGCUGGCGAACCUGGGUGCAUAGUGAAAGGGGAUUGGGAAAGGUAUCCCCUGUAUUUUCAGCUUCUUGAUGAGAUCAAAAUCAGGGAGGAAUUUCAGUUAAGGACAUUUGGAACCAAAAGGGAGGAUAACGUAAGGUACAAGGUUGGAGACAUGGGUGUCCAGCAAGAAGAACCACGCCUGGAGCCCAAGAAGCAUAGAAGACAGUCUCGAAAAAGGGUUAACCAAUCAAUGCUUGAUGAGUUGAAUGAACUUGCCAAUGACGAGGAUUUAUUCGAUGACCCUGACUUGAGGGCACACAAGAACGAUAGCUUCUAGGAAGUUUCAACUGGGGUCCUAGCUACACUGUAAAUAACUGGGGACCUUCCUAUGCUGACUGCAUUUUACUUCACUUUGUAUAUAGGGUUUUCAAGGGUAUAAAAAUAUUAUACUGCUGUAAAAACAAUUUUCUUAAAACAUGCAAUGCAGGUAUAAUAAAGCAGUCGUGUGUGUCUGUGAUUAUUAGAAUUCGAGAAUCGUCUGCCAGUAAUUAUACUGUACUGGAUUCGAGUUUUUUAUUGUAUUCUCAUCUUUAUAAAUAGGUAGACGAUGCUUUAUGCUU